AUGUCUGGACUGCCAUUUCUUGAGCUUGAAUUUGAAGGAUGUAAGGCCUCUGCUUGGAUGUCUGAUUUUCCAAACUCCAACCACCGAAAAAUGGUGGAUCCUGCUGUGACAAUUCUGUCCAAGAGCCUCUGUGACAAAAUCAAUGACAAUUUGCUGCAAAGAGCCAGAUUGUGGGCCAAGUGGCAGGACAUACGUCUGUCCAGUACUGGUAGUGAUGUCAAGGCGAAUGUCAUUGCCGAGAUUGAACUUACCAGGGCUGCGGUCAUAAUAGCCUAUGCUGUGGUUAAUCCCCUGCGAGCGGAUUUGGAUGCAGAUCGGUUUGCGGACAGUGCCAAGGCGUCCCAUCCAUCGCAUGCUGACAGCCAAAGACAUAAGCUAGCAAAAUAUUUCCACUGUCCUUCGUUUGGUUCAAUAUCGGAGCCGGCAACAUUUGUUGACAGGCAUGGAAGGAUCCUUGCUUGGUAUUUGCCAGAAAUCGUGGUGCCUGAUAGAAUGGAUCGUGUCAACCAGUCCAUCAAAUUGCUGAGACCUGCCUUAGAUCAGUCUUUGCCCAAGCCAACUCAGAAGGCAAAGCAGCCUUGGCGUUCUCAAGGAUUUGUCAUGCCUUCAAGCUGGGGGAGAAUUUGGAGUAGGAAGGUCCGAGAUUGGUUGUCCGAAAUAACGGUAACUGAACAUUUGUGGUCCGCUAUCACCAGUGUUAUUGCGCCAGAUCAAUAUCAGGCUGAUCCUGUUGUUUGGCCCUCGGAGUUUUCUGGAUUGGAAGUUAUUGUCAACCGAGAGACGCCAAAUCACCGAGACCCCGGAGCAUCGCCUUCAUUCUAUGACCUUUUGGUGAGCCUUGGCAAAGGUCACCGUGCCGUACUAGCUCUGCCAGAUCUGGGUGCCGAGCUAGCAUAUCCGCCUGGCACUAUGGUUUACAUUUUAGGGAAGGUGCUGGAGCAUGGAGUGCCAAGGUGGGGUGAUGGGGAGAGAAUUGUGAUUGCACACUUUGUCAAGGAUAAAGUACAUGAUAGGCUUGGUGUACCGAGACCAAAGUUUCCAAACCAGCGGGAUUUUCUGAAUAGAGUGGGGGCAGAGCCUACUACCAGCCCAAGAAAACGAGUUAAAGAAGUACACACAGAAUCACCAGACAUCCAAGAAGAGGAUUUAAAUCAGGAAAUGUUUGGUGACUUUGUUAUUCACGUAGAGGCUGCUGAGCAAGGGAGAAAAACAAAGAUGUCAUCUUGGACUCAGAGAAAUUUGCCACCACAGGCAUCUGUGAGACUUGCCAAUGCGAAGAUAGUUCCUUCCGUUGCACAACUUGCACUGGCGACCACAGCUGGUGUCGCCCUUGCCUCCUCGAAUCACAUCAGUCAUUGCCUUUCCACAAAAUCCAAUUUUGGAAUGGCAAGUGCUUUGAAGACGUCACUCUUUCUGCCCAAGGAUUUAUAUGGCACAUGGGCCAUGGUGGAAAGUCUUGCCCUUGCUACGGAGUUGGACAAACUGCUCCAAGCAGGACUAUUUCCCGCCAGUAUCACACGCCCUAGGACUGCGUUCACCUUCGAAAUACUGGAUCAUUAUCUCAUUGAUGCCUUGGAAUGCAAGACUUCGGCAAUGAGCUUCUUUGAGAAAAUCCGACGGCUGACAAAUAAUGCUUUUCCGGAUGCUGUCCCGGAUCGAUAUCGUGAACUCAUGAGAGUGUCUCGACUCUGGCGCGACUUGAAGAACCGUAAAUGGUUUGGAUUUGGCCAUGACAUGGAAGCACCCCCUAGUGCAGGAGAUCUUGCUCUAUUUUGCCCUUCUUGUCCGCAGCCAGGAAUCAAUAUGCCUCUUAUUUGGGAGCAGAAGUACGAAAGGCAAGUCAAUUCCAGCAAUCCUUGUCUGCCAGACUCCGGCCAGUACCCACCGUGCAUAGCGCAGCAGUGGUCCUGGCCGCCUCAGCUUGACGUCUUCCUCUCAGAUGGUUUAGGUUAUAUGGUAACAGACGGAGAUUACCAAGCUCACUUGGCUUCAGCUAUGGAGAGUAAAGAGGUGAAUCGAUUUGCUUUGUAUUAUUAUUCCAUUUGCAAUGCCAUUAAGCAUGCUGCUGGCAACAUUGACAACUCCCUGAUCAUCUAUGAUGUGGGGUGCCAGUGGAGCCUUAACUUUACUCAACAUGUUGACAACUGCCCUGGCUUGGCACUCCCAGACAACACCGAGAUUGUGGCCGCAGUGGGGAAAUUUCACUUGAGCGCUCAUAAACUUGCCUGUUUUGCUAGAUACAGCUUAAACUUCAUUCAAGGAGCUGGGCAAGUUGACGGGGAAAUUCUGGAGACACUUUGGGCUCCCUUUAACAAGAUAUCUCCCACAGCACGUUCUAUGAGCCAAGCACACCGUCAAGAAAUUCUUGAUGAUCAUAUGCGUAACUCAAAUUGGAAAAAACUUGUCAGAAUAGUUAAGACGCUCUUGAGAAAGUACAAACGGGCCAACAAGGGCAUUGAAGACACUAGGGUGCCAUUUGAAGAGCUUACAGGAUCUUUGGAUGUCAUCAAAGUGAGGGCGUGGGAAAAAGACGAGGAGAAGGCAAAGGAAGAACGUGGAGAACAUCUCAACAUUUACCAGCUAAAGAUAGAUAAAGGGAGGUUGGGAUCAAUUUCUUGGCUCAUUGACGGCAUCAAUAUAGAGGAUUCGCAGGAUGCACUCAGGGUAGCUAUUCGGCAGCUUCCCAAAGAUGCGUCUGCAGUUCAAAGGGCUGCAGUUCAAGUGAAACAACAAAAACUGGCUGCACGUAUUUCGAAAUUUCAUGAAAUUGCUGAUGCUAUGACAGAGGGCAUCGAAGUCUAUGCAGAUGUGGUGGAGGAAGUGCGGGAGGCUGCAAAUAUUGAAGACGUGUUGGAAGAGAUUGAUGAGGAAGUUCCUGCAGAAGCCAUGGGCAUUUGGAUGCCAUCUUCAGUGCUCCGAAAUGAGGCUUUAGCCCUGGGCUUGCACACUCUGCAAGCUGAAGAACUGGAGUUACGAAAGGGUCAAGCAAAUGAUUGCUUGGAAAAGUUACGGCAGGCUCUCGGUCAUAAAGCGAUAAUUUACCGUCAACAUUUCCGAAGUGCAGAUUCCACAUGGACAGGAACCAGGUCAAAGCAGGAGGCUCUACGAUGUCGUAUCAAAAUAGAGAAGUGUGUCCGAAGGUAUCAAAGGGCAAGGGGUUCGAUGCAGAGACUAGGGGCUGAUGAAGAUACUCUGAGGACGAUUUAUCAAGACAUUCAGCCACACCAGCUCAGUGUGGACAAGGAAGUGACGGAAGAGAACAGAUAUGGGCAGGGAUCAGACAGACUGGCUUGGUUUUGGAGAGUCAACAACGGUCAUGAUUCGCAGGAAGAUGUGUGGAUGGAUGAAUUCUACAGGGUAAAUUGGUUGAAAGCUAAGGCUAGAUGGCAAAGGUGGGAGGAGGAGUUGAGAUUGGUCCAACACGAAAUGGGUUGGACAGUGCUCUUGUGGGGAAGAUUUGCAUUGGAUGCUGAAAAUUCAUUCAAAGACAAGAUGAUUGUAGUCGUUUAA